CCUACCAUCUACCCACCCAAUCACUCGUCCAUCGAAUUACCACGAACGAUGUCUCUCGGAAAUAUCAUCACUUUGUCGAACGAGAAGAAGAUCCCGCAGAUCGGGCUUGGGACGUGGUUGUCUGAGCCGAAGGAGGUGGAGUACGCGGUCGAGUGGGCUGUGAAGGCUGGAUACCGUCACCUCGAUUGUGCCAUGGUCUACGAAAACCAGGACGAGGUUGGUGCAGCACUGAAGAAAGUCAUUCCUUCGAUCGUCAAGCGCGAAGACCUCUUCAUUACCUCCAAGCUAUGGAACACCUCGCACAGGCCAGAGAACGCAGAGCCCGAGCUCGACGACACACUCAAGCAGCUCGGUGUUGACUACCUCGACCUCUACCUCAUUCACUGGCCCUGCGCCUUCCCCGGUCCAUACACCAACGGCCUCUUCCCACCCCACCCAACCAUCCCAAACCAGAUCGCCCUCGACAUGGAAGUCUCCCUCGUCGACACCUGGAAGAAAAUGAUCGAGCUCCAAAAGACGGGUAAGGUCAAGACGAUCGGCGUCUCGAACUUCACCAUCGAGUAUAUCAAGGCGAUCACGAAGGCGACGGGCGUGAAGCCGGUGGUGAACCAAGUCGAGGCGCAUCCGCUGUUGCCGCAGGACGAUUUGGUGGCGUUUUGCAAGGAGGAGGGUAUUCAUCUUACGGCGUAUAGUCCGUUGGGCAACAACUUGGCUGGCAAGACGAAGCUUGUGGAUUAUCCGGCUGUGAAGGAGGUCGCGGACAAGCUUGGAGCUACGACUGCUCAGGUCCUUGUCGCCUGGGGCGCAUACCGCGGUUACUCCGUCAUCCCAAAAUCCGUCAAAGAAGAGCGUAUCAAAUCCAACUUCAAGCAGAUCGUCCUCUCUCCCGAAGACUACGAGAAGAUAUCCGCCAUCGGGAAGGACAACCACACACGGUUCAAUACCCCCGCGGCGUAUAAUCCGAAGUGGGAUAUCAACAUGUUCAAUGAGCCGGCGGAGCUGAGCGCGACGUAUAAGGUCAAGAUCGAGUGAGCGCGUGGGGUGGGCGAUAUCUUUAUGUCGGAUAGAUUGAACGUAUUGAGGACUGAGGACUGAGCAGCCAUAUGGAUGUAUUUUAUGAUGUAACCGCUGGGUGCAGUUUGUAGGUGUGUAACUGGAAGUCGAACCAGAAUUGUAUACCUGAUUGCCCCGCUUUCG